AUGGCAAUUUUAGACAGAAUACCUAAAGUGGAGAAAUGUUGUGGAUGUGUGACAGAUCUCAAAACAGCUGCAGCUAUUAUAGCUGUUAUCAGCAUAGUAACUAGUCCAUUGGUAUCUUGGGCGAUCAUACGACAUGCUUACAUUAUUCGAGUAACAUGCGUUGUUAAAACGAACUCAUCUCAACCUGAUGUUGUGGACAUUAAUUUUAAUAAUGCACUUAGUUUCGGCUUUGGAGCGAAUGCCGGCCUUGGACCUUCAUGCCUAUCACGCAAUACAACAGACGAGUCGGGCGUGGACAAGACUAAGUCUGAUUUUAUCCGGUUUGUAAGGUAUAGUGGCUGGAUAGUGCUGUUAGCAGAUGCUACCUUCCUCUUCAGCGGCGUUAAUUUCCUUAUCAAAAUGUUUAAAGGUGUUGACAAAGAUGCAGCUUUAAUUUUUAUACUAGCAGGCCUGACGUCAGUGUUGCUUUCAUUCGUAUACGGCAUGUUGUAUGUCUCAGCCUGCGUUUAUGCAGGCAGCGGCUUUCCAGUUUACGAGUUCUUUUUCGCGGGUGUCGAUUUAACAAUUUGGAUCUACUUUUUAAUAGUGGUGUAUUCCUACAGACAAAGGACUUCUUGAGGGCCAUAAUAAAAGGUUCACACGAAAAUUUAAAACGAAAAGUCAACAGUGGAAAGUGUUAUAUUAAAAUCAUAAUAGAUACGUACAGUAAGCCUAUGUUAUCCUUAUACUACGUACGAUUUUUUAUAUUAUUUUUUUGUAUUAUUAAAUUAUUUAUUCCUUU